CCAUGGCUGCAUCACAUGACCCGUUAAUCUUCAGCGUAUUUCCGCGUUCACGGCGGCCGAGCUGUAAUAACCGAGUCACCAUGGGGGUGUGCGGGGUUUCGACCGAAGCAUCGCUGCUGUGUUCUCCACCCAGGCCUCCGGUGGCGGCUCGUGUCCCCGCUCUGGAUGAAUGAAGCCCGGACCAUCUGAGGGUCUAUCCUCCGCUUGUUCUCCACCGAGCCUGUCGUCGACCAGCGCGGACGAGCUGGGGGGGAAUCCGGGCAAAGGCAGCCGCGGCGCCGCGCACCGGCCGACGGACACCCCGCCGCGACGCGCCACCAACAUGCUCACCCGGGUCAAGUCCGCCGUGGCCGGAUUCAUGGGUGGGAUCGUGGCCGGGGGAAGCUCCGGCGGAGGCGGCAACCCCGGCUCCGACCUCCAGUUGAAAUUCCCGUACAGGAGACCCGAGUUCCUCGGCCUGUCCCCGGAUGAGGUGGAGUGCUCGGCGGACCACGUCUCCCGGCCCAUCCUCAUCCUGAAGGAAACCAGGAGAUUACCGUGGGCCACCGGAUACGCUGAGGUGAUUAACGCUGGUAAGAGUGCGUUAAAUGAGGACCAGGCGUGCUGCACAGUGGUCGUGGCCAGAAGGAGGCCAAUGAGCUACUGCCCUCCUUCAACGCCCAGCAAGACGCCCACUGCCAAGAGACGCAACUCCCUGCCCAACGGAGAGGGCCUUGGGCUCCAUGCGGAGAACAAGCUGGAGGAGGACACUGAAGGUUUGGUGUUCCACUACUGGGCCUUGUUCGAUGGUCACGCUGGUUCAGGUGCAGCCGUCGUCGCCUCCCGCCUGCUGCAGCACCACAUCGCCUGCCAGCUCCAGGCCGUGAUCGAGAUCCUGCGCAAUCAGGGGUGUCCCCCUCCCACCUUGCUGGGGGAAGAGCCCGAUACCAACCCCUACCUCCAGGGAAACACCCCCGGCCCUCACCGAUCCCUGACCCGGGCCGCUUCGUUGCGCGGGGCCGCGGGGGCGCCCGGUUCUCCGUCCAACACCCCGCCACCGUCUCGCUUCUUCACGGAGAAGAAGAUCCAACACGAGAGCCUGGUGAUAGGAGCCAUAGAGAACGCAUUCAAAGAGAUGGAUGCCCAGAUCGAGAAGGAGAAGCAGGAAUACAACAUCACAGGAGGAUGCACUGCUCUCACUGUGGUUUACCUGCUAGGAAAACUAUACGUGGGGAAUGCAGGUGACAGUAGGGCUAUCGUUAUAAGAAACAAUGAGAUCAUUCCCCUGUCAACAGAGUUCACACCAGAAUCAGAGCGACAGCGACUCCAGUUCCUGGGUUUCAUGCAGCCUCACCUGUUAGGAAAUGAGUUCACGCACCUGGAAUUUCCCCGGAGAGUUCAGAGGAAGGAGGUGGGCAAGAGGAUGCUCUACCGAGACUUCACCAUGAACGGGUGGGCUUACAAGACCAUUGAGGAUGACGACCUCAAGUUUCCACUAAUAUAUGGUGAAGGGAAAAAGGCUCGGGUGUUGGCCACUAUCGGUGUGACCCGCGGGCUCGGUGACCACGACCUCAAAGUUCACGACUCCAACAUCUACAUCAAGCCGUUCCUGUCCUGCUGCCCCGAGGUGAAGGUGUAUAACCUGACCCAGUAUGAGCACGGGGCUGAUGAUGUGCUGGUAAUGGGAACGGACGGGCUCUGGGACGUCCUCUCCAACCAGGAUGUAGCUGAGGCAGUUACGACUUUUCUAGCCAACUGUGACCCUGAUGACCUGCACAGGUACACGAUGGCUGCACAGGACCUGGUGAUGCGAGCCCGUGGCGUGCUGAGGGACAGAGGCUGGCGGAUCACCAACGAGCGCCUGGGCUCCGGAGACGACAUCUCGGUCUUCAUCAUACCGCUCAUGUACGGCAAUCGUCAGGCCUGAGGAGCCCGACAGAGAUGCUGCCACUCAAGGACCCUGAAGGGCCUGUAGGCUCCUAAACCAACUCAGAACUGAACUCAGAAUCCUCUUUCAGUUUCCCCUGUGCCGUUUGCACUUUUCAUUUUCCUCCUUAGACCAAAGUCAGAUGCGACCUUUAGAUUUCUUGGUGCUUGAUUUCUCAGCUAGAGUUCAGGAUUGCGCAGCCACCAAUUGGGCGGGUCAGAGCAACUAGUCCACCCUGCUUUUUCAGCAGAAGUUUUUAGUGUCAGAAACCACAAGACACAUGGUUAUUUUAUUUUAUUUGAGUCGUAAAUCAAAAUAAAUAAUUAGUGAGUAAAUCUUUGAUUGUAGUGAGUAAAAGCAGUUCCAUAGGAUGGUUGAGGUGACUUUCCCUAAACUUCUGCAGAGAUUAUAAAAUUAAAAUAUAAAAUAGUCGAAUGAACCGAACGAAAAAUGAAGGAAAGACCUUUUUCUUUCUUUCCUUCUCUUACCUCUCUUCUUAUGCUGUACAACACCUGGCUUCUCCUCUUUCUACCCUCUCUUUUAGUACACUCCUCUUCCCUUUUACUGCACAGUCAAACUGGUUUAUUAUAAAAAGAAUACCUCCUACAUCUCCUGACUGUGGACGGAGCUGACAGGUCAGGUGCAUUUUCUGUUUUGCCACAGUGUGGCCGCGAAGGAUCAUUUUGCUGAAGAACCACUGAACAUGUGGAUGCAGCAGAGAAGAAGAAAAAGGAUGAAGACUUGAAGUUGUCGACCUUUAUAGUAGCAAGCUAGACUCAUGAGGAAUCUGCUUUCUUGAUGGAAUAAAAGAAAACUCACUAGAGGAUCUGAACUAUGAUGAUCAGCCAGAAGAACGACGUAGUUUGAUAUGGUUGAUGGAGUUUGAUAUGGAAACUGAUCACUCAUUUAACAUGUGCACAGAAGGAACAUGUCCACUGUUUCAAGUCAUUUAAUCUGAUGUUGUUGUCAGUAGCUUGAGUUUGAUUGCACUUAGUUGGUGAUUAGCAGCAUAGCUAUGCUGUUUGCUGACAUGGGUUAUGAAAACAUUGGUUUAACAUUUGGCAAAAUGCACUAAAUAGCUUUUUAAAAAUCUAAUUUAUUUCUAAACGAACAGUGACAAACUUCAGAUUUUUGGAAUGGAAUACCAUUAAGACCAACUUUUCCGACCUACCUUCUUAGCAACUAAAAUUCCUAAACAGUGAAAGAUUAAACUUUAGAUUAAAUGACUUGCCCAGCAGUGUAGUAGCACUUUAGGCCGACCCACAAUACUCAUCGAGGGGUCAUGAUACUUGUAAUGACAAAGAGGAAAAUAUUCCCUGCAGCAGGGAGGAUUUAGAAAAUCAUGAAAUACAAUUGAGAUCAAGCUGAAUCAAAGGUCCACAGAGACAGACAGAAUGUUCCUGUUGCUUGAACAUGUUUCGGAAGAUUUAGACGUCAAAACAGAUCGCGUUUGUCUAGAAAGGAACAGGUUUGGGAACAAUGAGGUUUUGUGUUUGGAUGUAGUGAUUUCCUGUGUGUCAGUGCAUGCAGGGAUAUAUUGUAGGCCUGGGAACAUGAGCGACGGUGCAAUGGUUUACACUGCAGUUUGUUUUAUAUGGACUGAAUUUACAUUUCUGUACUGUAUCAAAGCGUUAAUGGUAAUGUUAUUUGUUUGUUAAUGUGCCGUAACCAUGCAUAUAUUUAUUAGGUUGUUCGUUCCUUUGGGAAUAUUAGCAUCCCAGACAUUUAGCAUAAUAGCUUGAUGUGAUUCAUUAUAAAGGAAGAGAAUGAAAUGAAACGGAAACCCUUAUCGCCAGACAGGGAACCUAAUAAUGUUUUAUUUAAAUUUUUUUACUUUUUUUCAUCUUGUUGACUGGAGAAGCGAUUCGAUUUGUGCAGUCUCGUAACUGUCAUGGCCUCAGAAACUUAAAAAUGAGCAUUCGCUCCCUUCCCUCUAUUAUUAUUCUAUAUUCAUGGAGGCUGCUCUGCUCAGCCAGACUCGCUGAAUAUAAGCAGGACAUAAGGAGUUGUCUGGGGAAAGGAGAAACUUACACGGCAGAGGAUCGAUAACAAGUUUUGGAGAAGUUUCUUUCCAAACUGAGUUAAAAAAGAUUGACAGCAUAAACAAACUGCAUGUUUUAAAGGUACGAUUUAGUCCUUGACUGAAAAAAUAAUUGCUUAUGUUUUAUGAUAAUUUUUUUCCCUGUAAAAUGGAUGUGUAGAGUUUUGGAGUAGCACUGGUUUACUUUAGGCUCGAGUGGAAAGCGGGAAUUCAUUGCUGCCUUCAAAUGGAAAUCUCGAGCUUUUGGUUACGAUGUGUGAAAUCGUGUAUAUGGUUUGCUUGGUGUUUAGGUGGUUACGUUGUGACAACAUUGCUACUGGGAAAUGGCGACAUAGACAUGGAUUUCAAUGUUACCGCUGUCUAGCAACAGUUAAGCGAGCAAGCAAGUCCAUUUCCUCAAAGCGGUGUUCCUAAGACGUAACCGCCGCUGCUAGGAAAUAGCAAAAUUGAGGCUAAUAUUAAAAUUGCUGUUGCCAUCCAGAAGCCACAAGGGCUAACAAUUUAGUGAACUAGCAGGCCCAUUUCCUAUUAGUGGUGUUCUCACGACGCAACCACAGCUGCUAGGAAAUGGCAACAUGGAGGCUAAUAUUAACGUUACUGUUGCCGUCCAGAACCCACAAGGCCUGAAAAUGUAGCGAGCAAGCAGGUGGGUAAUGUAACGCAGGAAAGGUAUGAUUAGGAAAAGAUGAAGCCGUUGGGGAAUACAAAAAAUAUCCUUGUAAACACAACCCCAUUUGAAGGCAGCGUACGUCUCCUUGUAUAAAAACGGGGAGUACAGGUGAUUGACUGAAUCCAAAGACGUUCAUUUGAAAAUUGUGCAGUGCCAGGAUGAGGAAGCCAUUGUUAAAGGAGUAGUUUGAAUUUUUGAGAAAUACACUUACUUGUAAGAUUGAUUCUACUGAGGUCAGCGCAGUAGCACGAAGCCACAGCUAGCAGCUUUAUUAUCUUAGCGUAGCCCAGUAUAAAGAUUGGACGAACUUUUCCACCCUUUCCAGGCUUAAUGCUAAGCUAAGCUAAACUGCUGCCGGCCAUUGGCAUUUUAGCGCACAGACUCAAGAGUGGUUCCAGUCUUCUCCGCUAACUUUCAGCCACACAGUGUUUGCCCCAAAAUGUCGAACUGUUCUUUUGAGUCUCUUGAUAUGUGCCAUUGCAUCACAUGGGCUAUUUAUCAUCUAGCUUUUUUUGCAGUCGACAAUUAUUACCUACAUUCCUCUUACAAGCAGCAGUCAUUUACAAAUACCUGAAAUUCAUAUGGUGCACUUUUUCUCUUGUACAUUCCAUGAAAAGAAAUAUUUUAAAUAUCUGUUAUGUGCUGUUGUAGCUUCUGAGUUGCAUCUGUUCUCUCAUCAUAUAAGCUGUACGACGGUUAGUUUUCUAAUCUAAUUGUUUAUUGAUUUUUCCUUUUGCUUUAAUUUACUCGUUCUAUUUAAAACUGACCCGCCGCCACCUAGGCUUUGUCUUAACACGGGCUCCAGGUGGACGCAGCUGAUUGAAAUAGCCGGACUGUAACUGAAUGUUUUGAACUGUGAUCGUGUUAAGACAAAGUAUUAAGGGGGAAACCAGACUAUGUGUUGAAUGUUCAUCCUUCUACCCGUCAUUACGCCUUUUUCUCUUAGAUGAAUGUCAAAGAAUGAAAAUAUAGUUUAUUUUUCUCAUCCUUCUGUGCCAUCCAACUGCUGCACAUCAACUCAGGUUCAACUAUGGUGUAGUUAAACUGGAAAUGCUGUUCGAAGAGUGGUUGAUAAGGAUGACGGGUCCUUCAUGAUGGUUUAUUAGUUCAUUUGUAAAUAAAUAGUAGUGGAUUAGUGUGUGCUACAAGAUCAGACGUAAGUUUUGCUUUGUCCUUUCUGCCCGACUGUAGAAUUCCCCUUUUUCAAGUUGCUAUAUUGUUAAAGUUUAGUGACUGAUGUUGUUCUUUUUUCUACCUUAGUCUAUAAGUUUCGUAAUCGGAAAAAUGAGAAGAACUUGGGAGUUUUUUUUCUGUAGCAAAGGGGAAGUUAAAGCCCAAUGGGGAACCAUUUACAGUAAAGUGACCAUUGUGCUACCCUCAA